GCGUGCGUUGAAUAACUACGUCACUUUUUAUCCACAUCACGUACUUCUACGCGUUUCGUACACGCAAAAACUUUUUUUAAAAAUGCAUUACAAUAAACCUGACGCAAUCUAUUAAGUAACGAUGCUAGUGUCGCACAUCGAUUUAAUUAACCAAGUGAAACUCGUUAAAAAGUAGAAAUUCGGUGAUAAUCAACAGGUUGCUAUCGUAUUUUGUUUUGAAGUGAAACUGAAGUGCUAUGAGUGUUUUCGGUUUCGGAAAUGAAGUGAAUUACACCUCCUCAAUGUUUCUUCCAUCCUUGUGACCGUCCCUUGUGAUGUCUUUGGUUGAUUCAGUCUAUCCGGAUCUCCGUAAUCAUGCCGUUCGUCCAGAGAGUUGUCGAGCCCAGGUUGUUGUCCAGGGUGCAGCUCUUCAACGAGGACGGUUCUGUGCGCGUAAACGAUGGCGAGUUGGAGGCGGUGACCAAUUUCACCCUGUGCAGCGCUCUGAAACAAUUGGCCUCGUUGUCCCUGGUCGCGGACGAUAUCUUCAAGGAGCUGGGAGACCAGCUGAAGCUCAUCUACGGGAGGUGCGAGAAGGUGAAGGUGAAGCUGGUCGUAUUGGGGGAUAAAGUGGAGAAGUUCGAUCCCAAGAAGGUGCCAGUGCCUGUUAGCGACAUCUGUUCCUUUGCUCAGACCAAGGAACACUAUGCCGCCAAGCACCCGAUGGACACUAAUCUAUUUAGUGUCGAUUCACGACCACAAGCACUUAAAGCUUUAUAUGAAGCAGCUUCUCGAACACCUGUGCACGCCAUGCGGCAACUGGACAGAUGGAGGAGAGACGGCCAUAGAUCAUCGAAAUUCUUCGUGUGUACUCCCGUUUUGGGAGCUAAGAGGAGGAAAAUGAGAGAGAGGAUCGAUAUCGAUAUAGAGACUAGAAUGCCUGCAGUGGUUGAGGAUCUUCGUAGAUGGACAUCCGACGAAGCACUUGGUGAUGUUACAGUGGGUCCAGAUUGUACCAGGAGAAUAGACUCAAUACUAAGCGACGGAGAUAUGACAGAUGGAACCAUCGUAUCCGAUGAUGAAGGCAUUGAUCACAAACUACCUUCACCGGAAGAACAAUUACAAGUAGUAGCUUUAAGAUUUCCUGCUGAGGUUGUGGCGGUUGAUAUUUCCGGCAGAAGUUUCGAUAGGAUGUCGAUGCAGAGGCGAUCGUUAAUGACGGGAGAAUACCCCAGCAAGCUGGCAGAGGGAGACACUGUGAGACGAAGAGGGAGGACCAGAAGACCAAGAAACAGAAGAAGAAAUACAUUAGCGGGGACAGACCAGAGAGAGAUAGAAAACGUCCUGUCUGCUGGGGAUGAGCAAACGUCACCGGAUACCACGCAAAGGAGCAAAGCGACAUCUGCAACAGUACCGAGAAGCAAAAGCAGCGACCUCUUACGAUCUAACAACAAGAAAGAAUCGUCGGACAUCAAGAUUUCUCGAUUUAAUAGCUUAAAGCAAUGGGGAAAGAAUCAGUACGACAAAUUUUUAAAUAAGAGCAACGAAAAGAACGAAAACGUUUCUACCAGUAGUGGCGGGGGAAGUAAAACUAAAGUUUCUUUAUCGGAAGACGGAGUUGAUGAUUUUAAUUUGUAUGACACAGUUACAAUGAAACGUAGAAGAGAUAUGGACAAGGAACGCAAAACUCACGAAAGAAAUUCUUCUAUAUCCAGUUCAGAGAAAUCUUUACCUGUUACUACUAGCACGCUCUCUUCGGUUAUGAACAUUGCUGUCAAAUUAAGGGAGAGUUCAUUGCAACGACGUCAAAGAAGAAACGGAACUAACAAAGACGAACCUCAUUCUUCCAGUGGUAACUGGAGCGCAAGUUCGGAAAGUGGCCGUGCUUCCAUUGGUUCCGAAAUAACAUCCACCACUCAUCCAAAAAGUACUACAUCUGCCGCAACUUCUAGCAAUUCCCUUAAUCUACAUCCUCCAAGUUCCGUAAACUCACGGCGCAGAUUUAACUUCAACGCUUCCACGUCGAGCAGCGUAACCAGCGAAGGUAGCACCUUAACUCCAGAUAUUAUCCAUGAUUUACACGAAGACGGUGAUUCGGUCUACUCUUGCGAUACCGAGGGCUAUUACACCUCCUUCCACAUGGAUAGCGGUCUAAAGACUCUGAAAGAAGAAGAACUUCCAUCGACUCCGUUACAAAGCACUUCGGCGUUCUGUAAUUCUGAUUCGAACAAUACUGUGAUGUCAGCUGAAAAUGAAUACGAACUUUUCGGUAAAGGUAGUACGUCCACAACUACAAGUUCGGCUGGAACCGUAUGUACUACCCUCAGGGCAGCUGAAAGUAAUAGAAGUUUAGUUAUAGGGCCAGCAGUGCCAGAAAGAAAGAGUUCUCUGUCGAAAUUAUCAAAUAAAUCAAGCAAGAGUCCCGAAAGCUCGCUGGGACGAGAUUAUGUAGAUAAAACUGGUACUAUAAAACGCAGUCCCGCUACGGCUCAUACAAAACCAGCUAUAGUAGGUCUAAUUCAGAAAAAAGACAGCAGUGGGGAUGUUUCUCCAGACAGUGGACACAAUACCUCGAGUUCGCCAAUUGAGAGUGUUUCUAGUCCAAACGGUAUUCGUAGCGGUUCAGAUUUCGAGUUUUCAGAAAGCUCUGAUAUGGAAGGACCGGAAAGAACUGAAAGGAUCAGAGUAAAGACAACAAUAAACUCUAGUAGGAUACCGUCGAUGUGCGCUAUAACUCCCCCUCACAGCGAUGACGAAAGCUCAAGUAACUCAUCCUACAAGAAACACAUCGAGGCAAAUAAUUUAAGAAAUAGUUUAGAAAACGAGAAGGAACUCGACAAAGAAAAUGGAAACAUAAAUAUAAAUCAAAGAAUUAUAAGUACAAAUGUAAACGGUACACAAAAAUUGUCAUUAGUCAAUGUAAAUACUCAAUCAGGAUAUGCUACUGUAGAAAAUCUGGACGAAGGCGUAACAGCCUCGCAAGUUAAGGUUUCUGCUACCACAAUUAGAGCUCCAUCUCCGAGUGGAGGUAGCGUAAUAGUAAAAUCAGAAACUGACAGUGUCACAAAGAUUUCGUCCCAGCCUUUGAUCAAGUCCAGUUUACUACCUUUAAACAACAUGUUUGGAAGAAUUAAAUCAAAUCUAACGAGCUUAGGUCUGAGCAGGCGAGAUAGAAGCAAAAGUCCAAAUAAUGUUAAAACUGAACCCAUUUCUGAUUCUAUGGACGAGUAUGUUACUUUAGCAGAUGUACGAAAUAAUAACGAGAAAUAUUCCGUUGAGGAAAUUACCUAUGCUAAUGACGCAGUGAACAAAAAUUUAAAUACAGUAUUAAGCGGAAAAGUAAGAGAUGCCGAAUAUGUGUCUCUUAACGAGCUACCUAACAGUGAUAAUAACGCAAUGAUGGGAGCAGAUUCGUCAUUGGAGAGAAAAAAGAGACAAGGUGCCCGAGUAAUGCUAGAUGCCGAAGGAAAAGUAGUAUACAGCUCUGACAGUUUAAGAAGACGUAAACCUCCUAGCACCUUUGAACCGGGACCUUUUGUGAAACUCUCCACUCAAGCCAGUCCCAGAUCCAGCCCUCAGAUGCACAGAACACUUAAAAGCAUCCGUCCGAUAGCCUCCAGCCAGGACCAGAUGAAGCUGAACGUUCCUCAAGCUGAAUUUUACCGUCCCAUGUCGCCUACCUCAGGAAAUAAAGUCAUUAUAAAGGCUUCGGGUAAUCCGCCCGAGGUAAUCCGUUCUCCGUCCACCGUGGUUCAACCUGCCAGUCCCAAAAUGAGACCCUUGAGCCCGAAGGGUGCCUACGUUCACGUGCAAGCACCCGGAGGUCCACUGUCGCCGAAAGAACCCAGAGAAGGCGUCAUACCUCCCAUAUCAUCUUCAACAAGUCCCACACUUGGUCGUUACCAAACCCAAGAAGAAAUGUUCAGCUACGCUAACAACGAGGCCUAUUACGCUUCACCCCAGAGUUAUUAUCAAGGUGGUAAUUUCUACUCAACAUUACCAACGAAGAAAACUCAGUAUUUCGCCUGCGAAAUACCCCAAGAACGAAGCGUGACGCCUGAUAUAACUAGAGGUCUAGAAAGAGGAAACAGUUCAUUUUCCCAUGGCAGUACCUUCAAAGAUGACCAAAACUUAGUCUGCUACGGCCAUCAGGUGGGGAUACCUGUAGCACGAGAGUACAAUGAGAGUCCUGUUUACAAGGAUCAAUAUUCCUCUAGAAUAGCGUCGUAUAGCGAUAGAGACGAUUCACUCAAAAUAUCCCCCAUUGAUCCCAUCCGACAUUCUGGAGGUUUAAAAACGUCGACGCCGUCCCAAUUAAAGGCCUCAAGUAAUUUGGAAAGCAAAUUAUUAUCUCCCAAACGUAGCGCCAUGUCCAACGAUGAAUUAUAUGCAGUGAUUCAUAAAACCAAGAAGAAACUAAAUAUCGAAGACGACCUAAACAGAAUGUCACCUUCGCUUGUUGCCCAAGUGGAACCUGAAACAAGUACACCAAAGAAAGUUAGUGUCGAAACUGGAUACAUCGGAUCCAGACAAAGUUGGUCACCUUCGAAAGGAGAGUAUAUCGACUUCAAUUCCGAUAUCGAUAAAUUCUCUCCCAUAAAUGAACCGAAGAAUCGGCAAAGUUGGGCUUGCAGUGACAGAAAAGGCACUAAGAAAACUUCAACGCUGGAUUUUAAAAGAUUACUGUUGCAAAAAAGCAGCUCUUUAUCAGGAAAUAAGAAAAUGUCAGCCGUGGAACAACUCAAACUUUCCAAACAACAGAUGCACCAGAAAACUCCAAACGAGAAUAAUAAACCUUACAAUAACACCGGCGAUAUGACUAUUCUAGAUUUAAGUGCCUCUCCUAGAAGUUUAGUAAAUCGAAGACUAUUAAGCAAUCCUCCUAGCAGUCCAGAAAGAUCAACUGUGAAACCGACGCCAAAAAUUUUAUCGCCCAGAUCACAGUGGAGGUUCCUUAAUCCACGAAGUGACGUUUUAUCUUCCACAAUACUAGAGGAUUGUAGGGAAGACGAUUCUGGCAGUAACGCUUCGAAAAGUUCGUUGGAAAAAAGAAAUGCGCAGAGUGUAAGAAGUUCCGUGGGGAGUCCGAAAUUCACGCCAGAAGAACAUUUGAGCAAACCUAUAGAUACAAAACAAAUUCAAAGUUCCUUAUGCCAAGAUGUUGACAAUACUUCAAGUAACACUAAUACUAGUACUACUCGGUCUGAACCAAAACCUAAUAUAAAAUAUUCAUCAGUAAGCGAACGGCUUUCUGCUCAGAGAGCUCAAUUUUUUGGAACUACCGUUUCGACUGAAAAAAAGGAAACUACACCUAAAGUACCUCCUACUUUAGAAACUGCCUUUUAGAUUUUAAUUUAGUUUUAGUACAAUGUAAAUACUUGAAAGCCACGUUGAAACAAUUUAGAAAUGAAGUGAUAAAAGUGCAGCUGUUUGUAUAUUAAUAAUAAUUUAUUUUUUUAUUGUAUGAACUCGCAUUGCGACUAAAAGCUUCAUAUAGUUUAGUCGAGACGCACUAUUUCUUACUUCAUAGUAUUUUCUUUGGAUAAUAUUAGUUUAUUCGACUUUCGUUAAAGAUACUUCACAUUUCAACCAAUAUUUUUCUAGUCUUAGCCAUUUUUAUUAGUUUACUUAGGUAUUCUUAAUUUGUCUGUUUUAGCUAUGUACAAAGUUUUAAAAUAUUCAGGUUAUUUAUAAACAAAAGAACUUAAUAUAUUACA